AUGGAUAGCUCAUACGACUUGAUAAUCGUUGGCGCAGGCUGGUUCGGAUUAGCUGCUGCCAAGGCCUGUGUGGAGCUGCGGCCCGAAGACAAGAUCGUAGUGCUCGAGUCCGCGGGAUCAUGCGGUGGGACAUGGGCCUCCCAUCGAAUCUAUCCUGGACUCAAGUCCAACAACAUGCUAGGCACAUAUGAGUAUCCCGACUUCCCCAUGAGCGAAGAAGUUUAUGGAGUAAAGCCGAACAACCAUAUUCCUGGUACUGUGCUUAAUAGAUAUCUGACCGACUACGCACGGCACUUUGGAUUUCUUGACCGGGUAAUGUUCCACAACCAGGUCGAUGGUGUCGAGUCUACAAAGGGAGGCGGUUGGAUUCUGACAGUGGCGACACCAGAGGGCACAAAGACGAUUGCAACGGCCAAGUUGGUCCUCGCAACGGGAUUGACCUCGACACCAAACAUGCCAGACUACAAUGGCGCAGACUCCUUCAAUGCACCUCUAUACCAUGCAAAGGACUUCUGCGACAGGGCGGAUACGUUGAAAGGCGUCAAUAACGCUGUCGUGGUAGGGGGAGCGAAGUCUGCGUUCGACGUCGCAUAUGCCUGCGUUGAGUCAGGAGCUACCGUAGACCUCGUCAUCAGACCUGACGGGCACGGACCAGUCUGGAUCGCACCGCCCUUCGUCACACCUCUCAAGCGACGGCUGGACAAGCUAUUGUUUGUGCGAUGGAUGACAUGGUUUAGUCCCUGCCCCUGGGGUGCCGAGGAUGGAUAUGCUGGGCCACGCAACUUUUUGCACGGAACUGCGUUCGGGAGAUUUCUCGUCAAGUCGUUCUGGGAUAUCUUGGGUUCCGAUGUGAUCAAGGCGAAUGGUUACGACUCGCAUCCGGAGCUCAAGAAGCUGAAGCCAUGGAAUUCAGCAUUCUGGAUCGGUAGUGGUCUCAGUAUCCUGAACUAUAGCACGCCUUUAUUCGACAUGGUCAAAGAAGGAAAGAUCCGGGUACACGUCCAGAACAUCGAUCACUUGGAGGAAAGGAAAGUUUAUCUUGAAGAUGGUACCUUCCUAGAUGCACAGCUUAUGAUCUGCUCGACUGGCUGGAAGAAAGAGUCAUCAUUGAAGAUCACGGGACUCGACGCAGCAGGGCUCAGCUUGCCCGUCUCUGAAAAGGAGCUGGCCCAGUUGAAUGAGGAAGCAGACCGAAAGGUGGUGCAGAUGUUCCCCAUCCUUGCAGAUCAACCGAAACAUCGAUUUGAGGAAAAGAGAGGAGAGCCACUUCGCUUCUACAGGUUUGCGGUUCCGCCGGCAUUUGUCGAGAAGCGCAAUCUAGCAUUCGCUGGUAUGAUUUCGACCGUUGGAACCGCAGUGUGCGCAUCUAUUCAAGGUCUAUGGAUCUCAAUGUUCCUUGCCGGUAACCUCGACAGAGUAGCAAAAACGAAUGAAGAGGUCUCAAAUGAAGUCAUGCUUCAUACACAGUGGGGGCGAUGGAGGUAUCCCUGUGGUUACGGUGCUAGCUUGCCCGACUUCGUGUUCGACUCAUUGCCAUAUGUCGACUUGUUGUUGAAGGACAUGGGUUUGAAUAACCACAGAAAAAGUGGCAUGAUCGCAGAACUUACCUCGUCGUAUGCGCCAGGCGACUUUGCUGGUCUUUUCCAGGAGUGGGAAGAGAAACACAAAAGUCUCAAGGCAUGA